AUGCGCUUGAUAAAUGUCAGGACCUUUAGAAUCCAUCGGUUUCAGGGUCGUAAUGUCCCACCCUACGCUAUCCUCUCGCACACAUGGACUAAGGAUGAGGUGAGCCUGCAGGACUGGCACGCCGGGAGGGGAAAACCUAAGCAGGGCUUCAAGAAGAUUCGCUUCGUUUGCGAGCAGGCGAGACGGGACAGGCUGGGGUGGGCCUGGGUGGACACAUGCUGCAUCGAUCAGACCAGUAGUGCGGAGCUCAGCGAGGCUAUUAAUUCGAUGUACCGGUGGUAUAGGGAGUCUCACGUCUGCUACGCCUAUCUGGAGGAUGUAAUGGGCAGCGAGGAUAGGGAGCCGCCGUUGCAGCACCCCUCUGCGCAGCACCCCUCGGGGAGAUUCCGGGCUCGUUUCCAGACGGAAUUCCAGACUAACUUUCGGGAACGGUACCAGGCGCAGUUCGAGGCCUCGAGGUGGUUUACUAGAGCGUGGACAUUGCAGGAGUUGAUCGCACCACGGAAUGUCGUCUUCUACGACUGUAGAUGGGAGAGGAUCGGGAACCGCAGCAAGGGGAACAUUGCCAAACUCAUAUCUACCAUCACGAAUAUUCCUCUUGGCGUCGUGCAAGGCACACAGUCGCCGUCUCAAUAUAGCGUCGCCCAGAAGAUGUCCUGGGCGGCCCAUAGAUCGAGCACGCGCCCGGAGGACGUGGCAUACUCUCUGCUGGGACUUUUUGAUAUAAACAUGCCUCUCCUGUACGGAGAGGGGGAUAAGGCCUUCGUCCGGCUCCAGGAAGAGAUCCUGAGGGAGACGGAUGACCAUUCGCUCCUUUGCUGGACGGUGCCGAGCUCGAGCCCUAGAGCAUGGACACUCGAAGGUAUUUUCGCGAAGUCCCCUGAUGAUUUUGCAGGAUCAAGUGAUAUCAGAGGACAUCUUUUCGACUCCGGCUCUCCGUCUGCCGUGACCAAUAGAGGCCUCCAGACUCGCCUCGGCCUCGCAGAACGACGCUAUGGCGAUAGCUCCCACCUCUACCACGACAACGCCGCAUGUUCUGUCUAUGAUGCCGCGCUAAACGCUGGUAGAUAUGAUUCGAGAAACAUUUGUGUUAGCCAGGUCUCGAUCAUUCUAGUUCGGACACCACAGAUCACGUCGCGUCACCUGCAGUCGAUCAAUAGGUACGCAAGGCUGGUAACGUCUGAGCUUGGACUAGUCCAAAUGGAGGGACACCACGCGGAAGAAACCGAGGCUCUGAGGAGCCAGGCCGAGCUGACAUACAUACACAAGACACUUCUCAGCUGGGAACAAGAUCGAUUUGGAGUCGGCGGUAUCCAUCUGCAAAAUAUCCCAAUCUGCAAGGCUCUUGUUCCAUUCCGCCAGUCGCCGGAAGGCAGCGGGCAAAUUUGUGACUACGCGGUAAGCGCUGUAUUACAUUCCGAGGCGACGGGAAUACUUGACGAUGCCACCACCGUCGACGUGACUACAAAUCCUCAGGACUCGAUCACCUGGUCUCCGGUAUACGGCUGCAUCCGGUUUGGAGAGAAGCUCAGUAAGACACCGAUGUUGCCAUACAUCGUGGUGUUCAAGAUGAAAUCGCCCAUUCGGCCAGAGUCGUUUGAUAUCCUUCUCGCCUGGGACUCGCAAAACAUCCACUUCAGCCUCGGCCCGGGCACGGCGCACUCCUUCGCAACCCAAACGCGCAAGAAGAUAAUAGGCUGGCCUAAUCAUCGGAAGCGCCAGGGAAAUAUCUGGGAAAUGUACGGCGAGGUAGCGAAAACGCGAGAGGUCAUCGGCGACUACUGCGCCGAGCUUACACUGAUACGAGAAGACCCGAAGACCACCGCGGGAGAGGCAGCGGGCAACCGACUUCACCUGCUGAUCCGGGCCUCGAUCACCAAGAAAGAAGCCGACUAGGCGAGAUCGCAGGGCCUGGGUGCGCCCGACGGGCCGCUUGUCGGUGAAGUGCGUAGAGGGAACAGUAUAAAAAUUAGUAUGCAUGCAUGCACUAUGCACACAUACACAUACAUACUUACAUUUCUGCGCAUGCCUAUAUUCCUAUCCAUUUAUAUGCGUCCGUCUUCUAGUGUAGGAUAUGGCCUGCGUGGAAAGCAGUGUGCAAGGGUGGUUGGUAAGGGGGUGGUAACCACGAUUCGCACCAUCUCGAUCCACUCACCUUCUACGUGUAAUGUACUGGAAACAAAUACAUACAUCUCUGCGAACACGAGCUUAGACGCAUCCCUCAUGCUAUGUUUGAAUCCGUACGCACAUCACGCCGCGAGAUGGGCAUACUCCUUAUUGAACGCCCUUCCGAUCACCAUGCGGCGGAUCUCUGACGUCCCCGCGCCGAUCUCGUAUAGUUUAGCACUAGGGAAAAGUGUUAGCAGCGAGACGGCGAGAAUUGAGACACGUGGGCAUAUGGGCGGAUAGGAAAGAAGGGAAGUGGUGAGCCAACAGCC